AUGAUGCUUCAUUCCCCUAGGCAUCCGAGUCCUCAUGGAUUCUCUCUACAUAUCCUAUGUAUCAUCGCAUUGAGAUACUUUAAGUCCAGACUGGAAGACUUCUCGGGUCCAAACCUUUCAAGUCGACCAAACACCCAGAAACAACGAGUAGAUGUUAAACACACCUCUUCUGUUAUCGAUCCGAUAAAUACUGGUUUCACCGCACCUACCAUAGGGGAAUAUACUAGUAAUCAAUAUACCUCUCAUGAUGGGUACUUGAGAACCUCCGUACUUGAUGGUGCUAGUAGAUCGGGUCCUACUAAAGCCGCAGUAACGAAGCUAUACCGCUUGGAACCGAACAGUAAUUCCGGUUAA